GCCAUGUUUGUCCUUUUAUAUUUUAGAAAUGCUACAAGUUCUCUAAAUGGCUUUGCUCAAGUUAUCACGCAAACCUAAUGACAUGAAUAAAUUCUGAACUAAAAUUGGAUGAAUGUGAAUAGAUUUCUGGUGUGAGGACAUAGUGAUUAGUGCACAUAUAAUCUUACGUCUUUGUUCAGGUAUUCAGGAUGGUUGUUGGAUCAGCGGCGUACCCAGGGAGGCAAGUUCUCCACAAAAUGCAGCCAAUGGGCAUGACUCCCCGCGAAUUGUCGGAAUAUGAUGAUUUGGCAACAGCUCUCAUAGUGGAUCCCUAUCUUGGUAUCACCACACACAAAAUGAAUAUUCGCUAUCGACCUCUCAAAACAAACAAGGAGGAGUUGAAAAAUAUUGUUAAGGAGUUCGUACAAACUCAAGACUACAAUAAGGCAUAUACAAAACUAGCAAAUGGGGACUGGAUGCCAAGACACUUUAGUAAGAAUAAACAUCAACAAAGCAAAUUGAGAGAACAUAUAUACCGCUACUUACGCGUUUUUGACAAAAAAGCUGGUUUUGUCAUAGAGCCUUGCUACAGAUAUUCCUUAGAGGGCAGAGUAGGAGCCAAGAUUUCAACUACAAAAAAGUUUAUUAAACAUGAAAGGAUUGAUUUUUUGGUAGGGUGUAUUGCUGAAAUGACUGAAGAAGAAGAAAAACAACUUCUUCAUCCUGGAAAAAACGACUUUUCAGUUAUGUACAGCUGUAGAAAAAAUUGUGCACAGUUGUGGCUUGGCCCUGCAGCUUACAUCAACCAUGACUGUAGACCUAACUGUACUUUUGAGGCUACAGAUCGUGGUAAAGCAUUUGUUCGUGUAUUACGAGACAUUGAGGUAGGAGAAGAAAUCACUUGUUUUUAUGGGGAAGAUUUUUUUGGAAAUGGUAAUUGUUAUUGUGAAUGUGAAACUUGUGAGCGGCGUGGUAAAGGAGCAUUUUCUGUGAAGAGUCCAGAUAAUGAUGAACAGGCCACCAGGUACAGAUUCCGAGAGACAGAUAACAGAAUUAAUAGAACAAAGGCCAAACAGACACAGAAAAUUCUCAAUGGCAAAAAUCCAGAAAAGACUAGAAUAUCAAGCAGACAUAAUUCAAAUAUAGUGUCUCCGCUCAGUAUGAAAGAAAUGAAACAAAAAGGUUUGACGAAGUAUGAUGCGGAACUUUUGAUAGCUCAAGGUUGUAUUGCUGAUGUUGUGGAUAGGUCAGUGCAAAAAGAGGCUCAUGGGAGCAGAGAAUCGUCUGCGUCAAGUCGUAGUGAGCGCUUACGAAAACGAACAGAUAGUUGUCGGGUGGCAAAUGGAGCUUCAGUUUCGUCACCCACCAGUGGCACUCGGCGCAGAGCGUCGCCGUCUCGUUGUUACAGCACAACUAGUUCACGCAGCAGUCAUGAUUCUCAUACUGGCAUAGUUCUCAGAAGCCACAAACGCUUGUUGGAUACUUGUGCUCAGUCAACUUGUAUCAAAAAUAGAACUAGUUCUAAAAGACAUUCUGAGCCUAAAAUAGGAAGAAACCUCAAUACUCCAAAAUCUGAAACUGAUUUGUCUGUGUUAGAGCCAGAUAAAAUUAUUAUUAAAACAGAAGCUACACAUGUUGACUUGAUGGAUAAUAGUAAAUUGGAUGAAGAUUCUAUCGAAAGACCCAGUACUGAAAUAGAAAUGCCUAAAAGUGAAUAUGAUACAAAGGAAUCUCCACAGCAGAAAGCUGAGCCAGAUAUUCCUUUCCAAAUGAAGGCAGAGAGUUCUGAAAAUAGUCCAGAUAAGCCUAGAGAGCAGAAAACUGAGAAUAAUGAAUGUGUAAGUGGAAAAGAAUGUUUGCAAAGUGAAGUUUAUGACUUUAGAGAAAAUGUUAAUCCAAGUGAAACUAAAGAUAGAGAUAGCAAAUUGAACAAAAAUCUUAAAGUAGAAAUAGCAAAUAGGACUGAAGAAUCCAAAAAGGAAGAUUCUGGACCUCCUUGGUUAGCUGAUAACUCAAACAGGGGUAGCGAGUGCCCUUGUACUCCGCCACGAAGGGGAUUGAAGUUGACCCUUCGAGUUAAGCGGAGCCCGGUGGUGGAGGAAGUGUUAGAUUGCGGAGGCGCGGCCGAGGUCCCGGAGUAUGAGGUGCUGCGGUUGGAGGGAGUCGACCCUGACACGGCGCGUCGACUCAAGAAGCGGCGUCGUUCUAAAGAACGCCAUCGCAAGCAUAGCCCAAUCCGUCCUCUACCCCCCAUGAAACGCUUAAGAUUAAUAUUUGGUAAUGAAAGUCGAACUAUCGACUUGCCUGCUGCUAUUUCAGCAGACUGACAGCCGCAAAUAACCUUACGGUUAAUUUUCCACCGUUAUUAUUCAAUUAUUAGUUUAAUUGUCACUGACUAGGAUUAUUUUAUCUAGUAUUUAUUAUUGUGGCGUGAAGCAGUUUUAAGUAUUGUGUGAUAAACAUCAGAUUUUAAAUGAUGAUUCCAACAACAUAUUUAUUAAAGAAAAAUGUUCUUGUUAAAUUUCAUUAGCAUAAAGUGGAAGUCAAUACUUAUACAGUUACAUACAGGCUUGCCUUUGAUGAUUAUUGCAUGCAUGAUCCAAAGUAGUAAAAAGUGGGAUUUGUAAUAUUCAUUGAUGUUUAACAAUGGAAUUCUCCAUGAUUCAUAUUUAUUAAUGCAACAAAAGUUCUGUCUUCUAUUGCCAUUUCAAUGUUUAUGCAAAAUAUUGGUAAUUUGGUUAAAUUGAUAACAAAAUUUCAUUUUGCGUCGAUUGAACUAGUAUGUAUCACUUCAAAGUGUUAUAAUUAUUUUGCGUGGCUUUAGCUAAAUUAUAAUUGAGUUUCUAAAUGUACAAUUUCUGUAAGUAUCCUAUAAAACAAUAAAGAACGUGCGCCCUCUUUGUUAACUUGUCAAAGUGAUCCAUCUAAACGUAUAAUUUAUUGUACCGACAAUCUUGACAAAUUACGUGAUAAAAUUAGAGAUUAUUUAGCUGAUAAACUGUAAUUGACGUGGUCCACGCGGUACCCACACUGUUUUAAGGUAACAUAAUUAUUAUUUUACUGUAAUGCAUGUCCUAGACGAUUAUUUAUUUUACUAUCUAAAACCAUUGUCUAGAAAAUUACUUGAAGUUAUAAUUUAUAUUUUGUGUUUUCGUCAUUUUAUUCAGAUGUUAAAUUAUCUAUUAUAUAACAAUAGAUAUUUAAAUUAACUAUAUUCUAUAGUUCACACUUCAGAGCUAUUUUCAGAUAUUUAUAUUUAAGUAAUAAUAGCAUUAUUAAUUGAAAUUAGCUGCAGUAGUU